AUGGCACUUAAAUCAAUCAGUAAAAAAACUGUCAUAAGGACGAUUGCACUCGGCUGGAUACUAUGUUUUUGGAUAUUCUACCAUAUAAACAAAAAGAUUGAAAUUAACAUCGAAGACAGCGAUAUAGUAAAGUCACUAUAUGAUAAAGUUGGUAGACAUCAGGAAUUGAAGAACAUUAAGCUUCACUCGUCUGUAUAUGACACAAUCAUAGAAAAAGAGGGUUUAGGGGAAACAUUGAACGACCAUUCGUUCAAACAAAGAUGUAAUUUGUAUAUGAAUACCCUCAUGAAGAAUGAUUCCAAUUUUAUAGGGCCACAUCUGCAUUUUGGGUUUAAUAGGGACGAUUACAAAACUGAAGAUCUGUCAGACGCAUGGAAAGUGAUUCGGCGUGAAGAGCAGACGUUGCAUGACUACUUUACGCAUUUGAAGAUCUACAACAAAUGUUAUCUCGAUAGUCCUGAGGAUGAAAGAUUCAUAAAAGAACAAAGAAAACUCAUGUCUAGUAAGAGUCUGAUAAGCUUUGGUAUUUCCGAUCUGUUGCGAUAUACAUGUCGUCAGUUAGAGGAAAGAUUAUACCCAUGGCUCAGCUUUGAAAUGCCUGCUUAUAUGAAAUGGGAUGGAUCAGCAUCUCGGUUUCCUAAGAAACAAAACAAAAUGAUGGACCGGUUUACCAGACCAUGCUUUUUGUCCAACUUCAAAAAUAAUCUAAAGGGACGUGGGAUUGUCUUAACAAUAUCCGAUGGUCAUUUGGAUUUAACCAUAAGACUUAUCAAGUUGUUGAGGGCGUUGGAAAACACAUUACCAAUAGAAGUGAUCUACUACAAGGAUUUAUCUGAGAGCUCAAUAAGCAAGUUGAUCGAAGUAUCGAGACGUGAAUUUAAGUCAAAUGAUAAUGUUCUACCACCUCAGGAUAUUUCAUUUAUUGAUGUGUCUAGUGCAGUGAAACCCAAAUACAUUGAUAAAUUUGGAAAUUUUGGAAAUAAGAUAUUGGCAACCCUUUUCAACUCGUUUGAAGAAAUGAUCUUGAUGGAUGCUGACACUGUGGUCUUGGAGAAACCUGAAUUUUUCUUUGGUUUACGUAAAUACCAGAAAACUGGAACUAUGUUCUAUAAAGAUAGACUUGCCGUCGAAUAUAGACCAAAAAGUGAUUUGAUGUUUUUCAAAAAGAUGAUGCCAUCGUUAAUGGAUUCGUUAUUUUUCAACAUUCCUCAGACAACUGGAUACACCUUAGAUAGAAAAUUUUUCCAAGGUUUGAAUCAUUAUAUGGAAAGUGGUCUAGUAGUCAUUAAUCGUCAAAGACAUUUCAGUCAAGCUUUGAUUAUGUCUCAAUUGAUCUUUCACUUACCAGUGCAAGCUAGAGUUUAUGGGGAUAAAGAAUUGUUUUGGUUAGCGUUUGUGGUCUCAGGUAAUGAAAACUAUUCUUUCAAUGACCACUUCCUGGCAGCUAUUGGAUAUGUGACUCCUGAUAUUGAAAGACUGCCAUCGAAAUAUGAUGCACGCGAAAUUUGUUCAAAUCACCCUGCUCAUAUAAAUGAUGAAAAUAGUCACAGUUUGCUUUGGUUUAAUUCCGGGUUCCAGCAUUGUGGACAAAAUGAUAAGGUUGAUUUCCAAAGGGAGUUUGAAGCAGGAAAGAGAUACACCCAUUUAAAGACUAUUACCGAAUUCGAGUCUUUCUUUAAGAAUAGAUUGGUGAUUAGAGACGCUGUUAUUCCACCUCAUGAUAUCAUAGAGGCAGAUAACUUAGAAGAAGAACCAAGCAGAUCCUGGACAAACAUGAGAGACUACUGUGCCGGGUACACUUGGUGUGGAUAUUCGAAAAUCGGUGGAUUAUAUGAUAGAGAGAAGAAGAAAUAUAAUGUUCAAGAUGGGAUCCUUAUUCAUUUCACCAACAGUGAAAUUGAAAAAUUCGAACGAUUAGGUGAUGUAUGGAUUGAUAAUGAAUUUUUAUCAUAG